CUGACAGUGAUUGAUGUGCAACUGCCGUCAAAAUUCACACUGAGCAUGCGACUGCCUUUUUGGCAUGACGUAGGACAAAACCAAGAUGCUUGGCAUCGCCUCCCUCAUUUUGACCAAGAUGAAAUGCGAGAGUGCGGAAAGGAGAGACAAGAUGCCUUCCAAAAGCCAACCCCUUCCGCCCCUCGGCGUCGACGGGCAGGCGAUCAGCAACGGCCCAGCCGUCCCUCCGCAUCCCCUUCUCACCGCGAUCAUCGUCGGCUACGGCGGCGCCUCCGGACCCGUCGCGGUGCUCACGUGCAUUGGCGAUGCCAUUGAGAUCCUGGCAGGUCGUCAGGUCGCCCGACAGGAAGGGUGGAUUCUGGUUCCACGUAGGAUGGUCCGUCAAUGGCGGCUCGUCGGUGCGCGAUGGGCAGUUCAUCUUUUUUUUUUUUGCCUUGUUUUCGGAUGGAUAUCGGUUGAGAAACAAAAAUCCAAUCAAUGGGUGUUGCGAACUAUUUGCAGGUCGGGCCCCUAUGCCUUUGUGUUGAAUCCCUAUAAUGUUGUAUUGUGCUUUUUUCUUCUCUUCUUCUCCAGCAAGCCCCGUUCAGGUUUGGCGUUGUGCUAAUUGUGUUCUUUUCGUAGACUUUUUUUUUCUUUGGUACAAAAUUUCUUCUUCUUGUCCCCCUUUCUGACGUUGUUGCUGACUCAAAUGAAUCAGAGACAGAAAGAAAAGAGGGUCCGGUCCGUGAGAGUUGCCAAAAGAAAACUUUAUAGCUUGCGAAAAGCACGACGAAAGUUGUCAGAGCAACAAGAUCAUCGAUCAAAGCACCUCUAACUUUAGCAAAAAUGCAGAAAAUGAACUUGACAAGUUUUUUUGAGCAUAAUCCAAAAAAAAAAAAAUGUAAAAGCCAAAAAGUCAACAAUGCCAGUUUGCCAUCCCUUC